AUGGAUCGUAAAUGGGUUUAUGCUCCCCGGACAAGUUUAGAAUAUGAAAAUGGAGUAAAUGAGUUCUUAGAGUUUGCUAGCAAGCAUGAUCCUGACAGUAAUGGGAAGUUCUUAUGUCCGUGCGUGAAUUGUCUGAAUGAGAGGAGAUUAAGUGCUGAUCAAAUUCGAGAGCAUGUGGUUUGCAAUGGUUUCAAUAAGGGUUACACCAAAUGGAUAUGGCAUGGUGAAUUUGAAAUGCCUAGUAGGCCAAAAAAUGAAGAAGUUGAUGAAGAUAUGUAUGAUCGAGUGGAAAAGAUGAUUAAUGAUAUUGGAGCUGAAGUCUUUGAGCAAGUAUACACAAGCGGAGUGUGUGAGACCUUGUCGACGAAUGCAGAAAAGCCUUUGUACAAAGACUGUGAGAACUUUUCACGUUUGUCCGCUGUGUUAAAACUAAUCACAUUGAAGGCUGCAAAUGGAUGGAGCGAUAAGAGUUUUACGGAAUUGCUUGGCUUGUGA